CGGCUCUUUCAGAUUGUUCGCUAGGUUUUAGUUGGUAACUGUAGGAGUAAUGUGUGUGUAACUUUUUGCUUCCGAAUUUUAUCUUAGUAAGGUUUUCCAGAUUUAUGCUUACAGUAUUGAAAAAUUUAAUUUGCUAUGGAUCCUUUAAAGGAACAGACGAACUAUAAAUAUUCCGUGAAGUUUUCAUACACAGCUCAUUCUUCCGAUGUUCGCGUUUUGAAAGCUGCUGUUGUACCAGAAGAUGGUCUCAUUACUGGGUCUCGAGAUACCCUUGUAAAAGUUUGGGUUCCUGAUGGAGAAAGUUCUUUCAAGGAAACUCAUGUAUUCGUGGGGCCUACAAAAUACAUUGCCAGUUUAUGUGUGCUUCCAUCAAGUACUCAAUAUCCUAGUGGUUUAAUUUUGGCUGGAAGUAAUGAUUGUUCCAUUUAUGGAUUUACUUUAGAUUCAACUGAACCUAUUUUAAGACUUCUUGGGCAUUCUGAUACUGUGUGUUCCUUAUCUGCUGGGAAGUUUGGAACUAUAGUGAGUGGCUCUUGGGACAAGACAGCUAGAGUGUGGUCCGGUCAGCAGUGUGUUUUAGUGUUGGAUGGACACCAACAAGCAGUAUGGGCUACAGAUAUGUUUCCUACUCAAAAUCUUAUCUUAACAGGAUCUGCAGAUCAUACAAUUCGUCUUUGGCGCUCCGGAACCUGUGAAAAAGUUUUUACAGGACACGAAGACUGUGUUAGAGGCUUAGCAGUUAUUUCUGAUAUGAAGUUCCUGUCCUGUAGCAAUGAUUGUACUGUGCGUCUGUGGCAAACUAGUGGUCAGUGCCUAGAAGUUUUUAGAAGUCAUACAGACUACAUUUAUGGCAUUACUCUUUUGAGCAAUGGGCAAGAUUUUGCAACUUGUGGUGAGGAUCAAACAAUUAAAAUUUGGAAAAAUGGUCGUUGUGUUCAGUCAUUGCUUCUUGCUUCGAAAACACUGUGGUCAGUCACCUGUUUGAAAAAUGGAGAUUUAGCUGUUGGUAGUAGUGAUGGUACUGUUUAUAUUCUUGGAAAGACACCUAUGGAUUCUUUUGAUAUUCUGGAUGCUGAAGCUGCAAUGUCCGAUAUGAGUAUAGACCGAAUGCAUGGUGUAUUUGGAGGACUGUCUAAUGUUCCCAUGCCAGAUGUUGGAAAUGCAAAUUCUCAAUUAUUAAGGCAGGGCUUCUAUGAUGCUGAAAAUCUCCUUUGUUAUGAUGAAGAGAGUGGUGAAGUUCAAGUGUUUGAGUGGAAUUCAGCUACUGCUAUGUGGAAAAAGAAAAAAUCUGCCAAAGAGGGGUGUAUUGGGGAUGUUGCGUUUGAAAAUAUUGAUAAGGGGUUUAGUCAAAUGAAGAUUAGGAAAUCUGAAAUGAAGAAGGAUUACGAGUUCAAUGUAGAUGUAGAAGGAGUUAUGUACAAACUGGCUUAUAAUAGAGGUGAAAACCCGUGGACUGUUGCCCAAAACUUUGUAGCAGAGCAUAAUUUGCUUCCAGAUCAUGUUAGUCAGAUUGCAGAUUAUUUGAUGAAAAACACAGCUUUUCCAGAAAUGCCAAUGCCUGUAGAAUACUUUCCUGCAAAGAAUUAUAUAAUAUAUCUGAAUGUGAAUGUUGUUGGAUUAAGAGCGAAAUUACUUGAAUUUGCUGAGCUAGUUCCUAAAGAACAACAGGUUACAGCAUCAGCUAUUGAUACAUUGGUUUUACUUGCCUAUUUCCCUGAAGAAGUAAACAAUGAGCAAAUGGCAUGUCUUGAGACUGUUAUUAAUUGGAGUGAUGAAUAUGUAUAUCCUGCUCUGGAUUUGCUUCGCUUAGCUGUAAGAUGUAAAGGAAUUUGCUCAAGAGUUGGAAACCAAGAAUUUGUUAAUCAUCUCUUGCAUAUUUUGAAAACAUCAAACAAAAGUGUGAAUAGGCUUCUGGUCAUAAAAAUAUUUUGCAACUUAUUUGAAUUUGAAGAAGGGGAGAAGGUACUUCUGCAAUCUCAAGUUAAAAUUUAUGAUUCUGUUAAAUCCACUGUUUGUUCAACUGAUAGAAAUGUUCAGAAAUCUGGGACAGCAUUGUUUUUAAAUUAUUCUGUUUUAGCAUUUUAUGGAAAGCAAAUUGAUAUUAAUUCAUAUUGUCUGAAUAUGGUGGAAAUGUUAAAUGCUUUGAUCGAUACAGAAGCUGUGUUUCGUGCUUUAGUUGCAAUUGGAACUAUUUGCAGUUGUGAUACAGUAGCACGUGCAUAUUUUAGAAAAGGAUUUUUUCGCCUCACUUUAUAUAAAUUUAAAGAGAUGGCCGAUUCUUCAAAGCUACGUGCUGUUAUUGAUCUGUUACUGGAGGACUUUAAAUGAUGUUAUAGAUCUGUUAUUGGAGGACUUUGAUUUAUAAACAUAAAUUUUGGAAGUUGCAAAUGUCAGAACUAGAAAUAUUCAUGUUAAUUCGAUGGCUGGACUUGAGUAAUAGAUGCAUAGCAGUACGUGGUUACAUGCAUCAAGUGUCAGAAAUGUUAAAAUUUGAGAGCUUGCAUUUGAUGAGGUACUGUUAGAAAAGCUCAGUCUAGUAUUGGAAUAAUUCUGGGUUCAGAUACAGUGUGGUAUUUUUCAGUCCCUUUCAGAAAUAAGUCUGCUUGAUGGGAACAUACUUGCCAUUUGUUUAUUACUCUGCCAUGUCAUAAAUUAAAAUUCUUUAAUGUUAAUGGUUAUUUUUGCUUUCUGAUAUACAUAUUCAUUAUCAUCAGUAUCCUUUCUUUAUAAGCAUCGGAACUUUUUUGUUUUUGUUUUUUUGUUUUUUGUUUAUUAAAGUUAAGAGUGAUUGAUAUGGCAUUAAUGCAUUUUUCAGGUAGAGCUAGAGGCAUUUUAAUUUACUAUUUUGACCAAGCAUGCAUAAUGCUACAUUUUCUUUUGGCAGUAUCUCUUCAGCUGCUUUCAGAAUAAAUAAUAUCCCUUUUUAACCUUUAUUGCUGCUGAAUUUCAUUAAUAAUUAAGCGUGCAAGAAUGUUAAUGGGGUUCUGGUAGACCAAAUUAUUGUAGAUGAUUACAUCUGCUGUUCUUUUUGAUGUAAAUGUUAAAAUGAAAUUCUAAAUGUUGCAAAAGUCUCAUUCCUGUAAAAAUUUGAUUAAAAAGAAGCAUUAAGUAUAAAAAGAGAAAUAACUUGAAGACUGUUUAUUAUAGUGAAUAUCUUUGCAAUAAUAUAAUGGUAAUUCAAUCUGCUCUUCCAUUGUGUUUAAUAGAAUGUUUGAGAAUUACAUAUUUCAAUUUUGUUUUUAAGCAAAGGCCAAACAUCAUUUUAAAUCAUUGUAUUAUUCUAAUUUUAAAUAAAUUAUGAGAUCUGUUGAGAGAAAUUUGAAGAGUAUGAAACAAUGUAAUAUCUACUCAAAAAGAUAAAUUGGCAAAUUUGUAUCUCUCUACCUGAGUCCUCUGGGCAUUAAAUACAAUAUCUUUACUAAAUAUCCAAGUGUAAAUUAAUAACUUUAUUACAGCACAAAUUUUCAGGAUUAUUUUGUCCAGUUCUAAGGAUUUUCUGAGAUUUCAUGAUUUUUAAAUUUUCUACAGAUGUCAAAUAAAUCUGGAAAUUACAGUUUUCUUUUUCUUUCUUUUCUUUUUUUAAUUUUCCCAUUAUUUUCCAUAUUUUAAUGAUUUUAACACUACCUUUUACCAGAAUUUAGGAGAAAAUACAUAACAAGUUUUCCUGUUCCAGAAUCUGUAACAGAGCUUUUUUUUUGAUUCUGCUACACUUCUUGAUUAUGCAAAAAGCAAUCUUAAAAUUUGCAUAAAGAUGUACUGUGCUGUCAGUCAGUAUCAAAGCAAUUUUAAUGCCAAAUGAUUUUUUUUUAACAUGCUGCUUAAUAAAGAAAAUUUGUGCAUGUAAACUAGAAUGCAUUAAAAUGUCAUCUGCUUAAAUUGAUUGUAUUGCCAGAAAUGGUUUGGUUUAUAAAAACUAAUUUACAAAAAAAGUUUUAAUGCUUACUUAAUGCUGUAAUAAUUCUGUAUGAAACUGCUUUGUAUUUUGUAGAAUUGUUUAGGAGAAAAAGAGGGAUAGUGUAAUUUUUUAGCUGCAAAAGUAUCAGUUAAAAUGUUUUUUUUUUGGGGGGGGUGAAAAUUUCACCUUUUAUUCCCCAGCAGCCUGACAAAAUUUAUGUAACAAAAUUAACAUUCUUUUAUUAAUGCCGUGUUAAUCGCCUUUCCAUACAAGUGAAUGAUCCAAAAUUUCAAAGUAUGGAUCUCUCAUGCAAACUGUAUAGUUUGGAGUUUUUUCAUAUUUCAUAAGCUUGGAUUUCUGUGAACUUAUGUACAGCAUGAUAUUCAUAUAUAUAUAUAUUGCCAUAUUUCAGGCAACUUUUUCCCCCAAAGUGCUAUAAUUGUUUACCUUUCUUUUUCAGAACAGUAAUCUUUUAAAAAAGGUUUUUAUUAUUAUUAUUAUUAUUAUUAGUGUAUUGGGGAAAAUGGCAGCUAAACUUGUUCAUGGAAGCUUAAAGCCAUGGGUAAAAUGUAAAUUUAAAUAGUCCAAUCAUUUUAUAUAUGUUAGUUUAAGGCAUCAACAUUGAUCGGCUGGUGAAAAUAUUGAAAAAAAUUAGUCUCAAAAUUGUUUUGGAUUGUUGUCUUAAAAUUGGUUUUGGCAUCAUAAAAAUACCUAAAGCACAAUAAUGUACAUUUAGUAGUUUUGUUUUUCUAGUUCUUUCUUAAAUUGCCUGAUCUAUAGUGCAUUAUUUGGAUAAAGCAACAGCUUCUGCAGAGGUUCAAAGAAAUUGCUAGCAGUUCUUUAAAACAUUCUGUUGAAGAUUUCAUAAAAUGUUUUCAACAGUAGGAAAGUAUUUAUUAUAUCGCUAAAAAAAUGCAUGGGGAUAUUUUAAAGCAAACUAAAAUUUAAGUCUUUAAAAAAUAAUUUUGGAGUUGUCACUUGUUAAUAUAUGCAUUAAUUUAGAAGUCAAACAACAAAAAACGUUAUAUUUUCAAAUUAUUACAAGACUAGACUGGUAUGACCGAAUCAUCCUCAGCUGCAAAAGCGCAAAAACCAUUGAAACUAGUCCUGUGAAAAUUUGAAAAUAUAACGUUGAUUUUUGUUGUUUGACUUCUAAAUGAAUAUUUGUUCGGCAUGUUAUUGUAUCUUAAUCAUAUAUGCAUGUUUAUGGAAAGCCUGAAAAUAUGAGUUCUUUAUUUUUUAUUGCUGUUUUAUCAUUAUUUUGAAAUUUAGCAUUUAUAAACAUAUUGAAUCCGGGAUUAUAAUUUAGCAAAAUAUUUAUUCAAAGCAAUAUCGUAAUGUCCCCCACCCCCAGAAAAAUGAAAUGCAGGGGAACUAACUCUAUUUACUGAAGUAUUUGAAGCCUAGGCCUUUUAAGUAGCACUUUUUUUUAAAAAAUGACAAUCAUUACUUUCAGGCCUUAAUUGUAGAAGUGUGUAUAACAUUUGAUUAAAAAAAUUAUUUAUUGCAGUAUCCCUCAUGAACUUGAUCAUGAUUUAAUUUAACAAGUGUUCUUUAGUCCAGUUUAGCUUUAGUGUCCUUUGACUCUUCAUUUGUUAGUUUAUUCACCUUUUUAUUUGCUCAAAAGUUGCCCCUAAAGCAAUGUAAAAAAACUUUAAAUCUUCAGACUAAUGUCUUUUCAAACCAGUUUUAGGCUAUUUUUCCUUAUUGUUGCUUCCAUAUUGCAUACAUUUCUCUCACAUCAUCCAAGAAUUUUAUAAAACUCAAUUUAAUUUCAUUAAAUUGAAAUACUGGUAAGCAGUCAUCUCCAAAUUCCAAAGGUGGUGGCUGUCUUAUGUAAAACUUAAAGCUUGGUUUGCAGAAAGUCAAACUUUUAGUAAACCCGUUUUAAAUCUUUUAAUGAGGAAAAUCAUUUAAAUUUUGUAGCCUUACAGUUUUACAGGUUAAUUUUUAUUAUAUUUGGUAUUAGAAUGUUUUCAUCUGUAAUGAAAUUUCUUUAUUACAGAUGUAUUUAAUAUUGUAUUAAUAUAAUCUUACAUAUGUGUAUUAAUAUAAUAAUACAGUAUUUAAUUUAUUUUUUUUCCAUCCACAUUUUGUAACUUUGUAUUCAAUAAACUCCCCCCUUUUUUUUUCUGUGUGUAAGGGAAAAAAACAUUUAUCUGGAAUUGCGAGAAAAGUUACAUUUUUAACUGUUGGAUCUUUAACUGAUGAACAUAGUUCCUCCUGCAGGAUGCCUGAAAUAACUGCCUUCUUUAGUUCAUGUAAACAGUAUUCUGUUAUAUGUUAAUUUUAAGAAUUAAAAUGCAAACUUGUCAAUUUUAAGUUUGUACUUUCUUUUACAUAGUAAAAUAGUUUGCCUGUUUUCUGAUCUGAAAUAAUAAUAAUAAUAAUAAAAAAGCAUGUUUUGCCAGUUUGAGUCUGCAGUACUACCUAUUGAUGAUAAACAAUAAGCCAUGAUAAAUUUUCUUUAAUGUAUUUUUUUUUUUUUAAUUAAGUAAAGUUAGAUUUAUGAAAGAUAACUUGUAUGAGCACUACUACACUAAAUCUCCAUGAUCUUUAAUGUGAAAAAUUCAUAUUUUUUUAAUAUACACACAAAAAAAUAAAGUUCAAUAAUGGAAUUAGGCUGUGAUUUCAGAUUGGGAUUAAAUAACUGGGUAAUAAAUAAUUAAAAAGGGCAACAAAAGUUAUUUAUUUUUCAUUAUGAAAUAAAGCUCAUUUUCACAAAAAAUGUUAUAAUUAACCCUUCAUUUCAUUAUUAUUAUUUAAAAGUAUUAUUUAUAAAAUUUUAGUAAUUCAUAUGAUUCUUUUUAAAUGAGAAAAUUAGAUUUUAUUCCAUUAAUGGCUUUUAGACUAUAUUCUAUAUGACGGAAUAAAUGAUUUGUUAAAUAAUUAUAGCAGGGGAAGAGUAUUUAAAGGCAAUUUGGAAGAAACUUGGCUUAAAUAUAUGUAACACCACAAUAUCAGACUUUUGUAGGUAUAAGUAGGAAAUGUAAAGGCAAUGCAAUUGAGAGCCAACUGCCUCAAAAGUAACGUACUUGAAAAAUUAAAAAUAGCUGUGUUUGUAAAACACUGUCAUUUUAUUAAAAAGAAUUCAAAAAGCUUUAUUUGUAUUUCAUAUUGAGAAAUGGUUUUGGAUGCAUGCUUAUAUAUACAAAUUACUUAUUUUGAAGUAUAGCAUUAAACACCUUCUUGUUUACUUAAUUUGCAUAUACAUCUGAGCUGUAUUUGUCAGUUAUAUACGUGUUAAGCAAUAUUUUUAUUCACCCGAGUGAAAAAAA